CGAACUGGUGCUAAUAACUCUCAUAGGCUGUUUUGCUCAUCUCUAAGUCCCGAGUUCGAUUCUUCAAUACCACUCUCACUCUUUCACCUUCCCUUUCUUCGUCUUCUUUUUUGCCUGCAGACGACUUCUGUGAAUCAAUUAGAGCAGACUUGCAACUUCUUCCCCCCUCUUUCCCUCUCGUUCUCUACUUCGUCUACUCCAUCUGUCACUCUCUUCCGGGUCUCCACUCCGUUCCCAAUGGCGUCCCUGCAGCAGUCUCCCGCUAUCAAGGGCGCCAAAGUGCUUAUGGUUGGAGCAGGUGGGAUUGGAUGCGAGCUUCUCAAGACCCUUGCCCUCUCCGGCUUCGAGGAUAUUCAUAUUAUCGACAUGGAUACUAUUGAAGUUAGCAACCUUAAUAGGCAGUUUUUGUUUCGUCAGAAGCAUGUUGGGCAGUCUAAGGCCAAGGUUGCUAGAGAUGCUGUACUGAGAUUCAGGCCUCAUAUUAGCAUCAGUUCAUACCAUGCAAACGUGAAAGAUUCUAACUUCAAUGUGGACUUCUUCAAGCAAUUCAAUGUUGUACUGAAUGGGCUUGACAACUUAGAUGCAAGGCGACAUGUAAAUCGCUUGUGUCUGGCCGCUGAAGUUCCUUUGGUGGAGAGUGGAACUACUGGCUUCCUAGGGCAGGUGUCAGUACACGUUAAAGGAAGAACUGAUUGCUACGAAUGUAAUCCCAAACCUUCUCCCAAGACAUAUCCUGUUUGCACAAUUACUAGCACUCCAUCAAAGUUUGUUCACUGUAUUGUUUGGGCAAAAGAACUUCUGUUUGCAAAGUUGUUUGGUGACAAAAAUCAGGACAAUGAUUUAAAUGUCCGCUCGAGUGAUUCCACAGGCUCAUCGGAGCAAGCUGAAGAUGUGUUUGAACGCAAAGCUAAUGAAAGCAUUGAACAGUAUGGGAGGAGAAUAUAUGACCACGUGUUCGGUUAUAAUAUUGAACAAGCUUUAUCUAAUGAAGAGACAUGGAAAAGUCGAAACAAGCCCAGACCCAUAUACAGUAGAGAUGUUAUAUCUGCUGAACUGAUGCAGCAAAAUGGAAAUUCAGAUAAAGCUGGCUCAGCUGGUGAUCCUUUGUCGGUGUCUGCUAUGGCAUCUUUGGGCCUGAAGAAUCCACAGGAUCUCUGGAGCCUUAAGGAUAAUUCGAGAGUUUUUUUCGAGGCUUUGAAGUUGUUCUUUGGAAAAAGAGAAAAGGAGAUUGGAAGCCUUUGUUUUGACAAAGAUGAUCCGUUAGCUGUUGAAUUUGUUACUGCUGCUGCAAAUAUUCGGGCUGCUUCAUUUGGGAUCCCUUUGCAUAGCCUUUUUGAAGCAAAAGGUAUUGCUGGUAACAUUGUGCAUGCAGUUGCAACAACAAAUGCAAUUGUAGCUGGCCUAAUUGUCAUUGAAGCAAUCAAGGUGUUGCAAAAGGACUUCGACAGUUACAGGAUGUCAUACUGUCUCGAACAUGUUACCCAAAAGAUGCUUAUUAUGCCAGUGCAGCCUUUCGAGCCAAACAAGUCCUGCUGUGUUUGCUCCGAAGUAUCUCUCUGUAUUUCUAGUAAUAAAUUAAUGGAUUUCGAUCUACUCAUUGUUGGACAUUUGCUAACAUUUGAAUUUGAUGUGAAAUGCUACCAGACACCAUUAACAUUGGAGAUCGACACCAAUCAUUCAAAGCUAAGGGAUUUUGUGGAAAAGAUUGUUAAAGCCAAGCUUAGCAUGACCUCUCCAUUGAUCAUGCAUGGGUCUUCCCUUCUUUAUGAAGUUGGGGAUGAUCUGGACGAUGCUAUGAUCGCUAACUAUUCUGCUAACCUUGAGAAGGUGCUGUCUAGUCUGCCUUCUCCAGUUACUAGUGGAACAAUGCUAACCGUCGAGGAUCUGCAGCAGGAGUUCACUUGCAAUAUCAAUAUCAAACAUAGGGAGGAGUUCGAUGAGGAGAACGAGCCAGACGGAAUGGUUCUCCAUGGAUGGACGCAAGUUCCUACGAAGCCCAAGGAUGAUGAUGACAAGCCCCCUACUGGGAAUGGAGAUAGUUCGAAAACAUCACAAACAGAGACUGUCGAGGCUGAAGCAGAGGUGGUGGUCAAAAUCAAUAUUGAGGAGAUCGGCGCUUCAGGAAAUAAAAGAAAAGCUCCAGAUUCUAGGGACAUCAGCACGGAUCCUCCUUCAAAUGAUGUCAAUGAAGCUACUGCUGCAAAUCACAAGAAAGUUCACAAAAUUGACGAUGGCGAUGAUGAAGAAGAACUCGUCAUGCUUGAUCAUUGGGAUAUAGACACAAAUAAGAAGCAAAAGUUGCGAUAGGCGAAAGGGUCUUUAGUUUUUCUCACACAGCUAAUUUUGGUGCCAGUUAGGGGAAAUGAUGAUUCUUUUGUUUAGCAGGGCAUGGUUUUGGUCCUUUUAGAGAGGACAUUUCUAUCUUUUCCUCGUCUCUUUUGCCCCCCUUAUCUGGUUCACAAACUGUAAAAACUAGGUUACCUCUGUUUUCCCUAAUUAGGUUCAAGAGAUCUCUUAAUCCAAGGUACCUUAUUCGGUUGGAAAAUGGUGCCAUGUAAACAAAUUUCUUUGCUAAAGAAUAUUAUAAAUCUACAAAAAUCUGCAACUUUCUAUACAAAAAUUAUGUGGGUUAUGUUGGGAAGUGGGACUCUCCUGUAUUGGUUAUAAGGGAAGUUGAAUUCCUUCCUGUCUGUGUGUUUCUU